GGUAUACAUCGCUGUUCUUCGGGCGGGCAGGAUGCAUAAAGCUGGUAUUAAAAUGCUUUUGCUGGCAGCCACCUACCUUGCCUGCUGUGUCUACGCCCAGGCCUCAGAACAGGUUAUCACCAUCGGUGCUUCGCUCAGUUCUGAGAAAAUGGAGUUUGAGUUCAAGCAGGCAGUGAACGCUCUUAACAGACGGCACCUCAAGUCGCGCAUUCUCUUCAACUCUACAACAAUUCUAAUGGACAGUAAUCCGAUCCGAUCAGCACUUGACAUCUGUGACAAACUCCUAGCUCAGCAUGUGUACACAGUGGUGGCUUCUCAUCCCAAUUCCACUGACCACUCGCCCAUCUCUGUGUCGUACACCUGCGGCUACUACAACAUUCCUGUUGUUGGGAUCUCUGCCAGAGACUCAGCUUUUUCUGAUGUAAAUGUGCACAAGAUGUUUUUGCGGACUGUGCCUCCUUUUGCCCAUCAAGCUGAUGUGUGGUUGGAGUUGCUGGUCAACCUGACCUGGCAUAAGGUCAUAUUUGUGUACAGUGCUGAUGAGGAAGGCAGAUCAGUACUGAGUCGAUUUCAGACACUGGCAGAGGAACAUAACAUUAGGAUUGAGCCUUCCGUGAAGUAUGCGCCUGGGGAAAAGAAUUACACUUCCGUUCUGGCACCGAUUCUCAAGCACACCUCCAGAGUUAUUCUGCUGUCAGCCUCUACUGAAGAUGCUGAGGUGAUUUACAGAGAUGCUGAUGUGUUGGGCAUGACAGGGGAGGGGUGGGCAUGGAUUGUGUCAGAACAAGCAUUCGAUGCCUAUAAUAUUCCUGUUGGAUUCUUGGGUGUUCAUCUUGUCAAUGGGACAAAUGAAGUAAAUCACAUCAAGGAUGCGGUACAGGUGAUAGGCCAUGCUUUUUGGAGUCUGCUGGACACUGAGAACAUUUCCAACCCUCCCACAGAAUGCAAGGAUAUUGACAGCUGGACAGAUGGGGAGAAAGUGUACAAUGAGCUUAUCAAAACACAGCUGAAUGGAGAAACUGGCCAGGUGAGCUUCAACUCUGAGGGAGAUCGACUGAAUCCAAUGUAUGACAUCAUGAACAUCAACGGCAAUCGACGCUCUAUGUCUGUAGGGCUUUAUGGACAUCAAGAAAAGGUUUUAGGGUUGAGAAUGAUGGGAAGAAACAUAACAUGGCCCGGCAAUACUCAAGAGAAGCCAAAGGGAGAGAAAAUUUCCCGAAAUCUCACGAUUGUGACUCUGAAGGAAAAGCCAUUUGUGGAAGUUCUGCCCAUGCCGAAGGAUGGAGUCUGCCGACCUGUGGCCCCGGCUGUCCAUGCUUUCCUCUGCAAAAAUGCCUCUCAGGACAACUGCUGUAUGGGGUACUGUAUGGAUAUGUUGGCUCGGAUUGCUGAGAAGGUGAAAUUUAAUUUCACAAUCCAUCUGAGCAAGGAUGGACUGUUUGGCUCAUUUGAAAAGCAUAAUGGCUCUGACAAGAAGUACUGGAAUGGCAUGAUGGGUGAGCUGAUGACUAAGGAGGCUGACCUGAUUGUUGCCCCUCUUACAAUUAACCCAGAACGUGCCAAUGACAUCGACUUCACCAAACCAUUUAAGUAUCAGGGGCUGAAUAUCCUUGUCAGAAAGACUCAGAAAGACUCGAGCUUAGCCUCCUUCCUGCAGCCAUUCCAAGACACACUGUGGAUUCUGGUGGGUCUCUCUGUGCAUGUGGUGGCGCUAGUGCUCUAUCUGCUGGACAGGUUCUCUCCCUUUGGUCGCUUCAAACUGGCUAAGAGUGACGACACAGAAGAGGAUGCCCUCAAUCUAUCUAGUGCGAUGUGGUUCUCAUGGGGUGUCCUUCUCAACAGUGGCAUUGGAGAAGGAACCCCUCGCAGCUUCAGUGCCCGUGUGCUAGGAAUGGUGUGGGCUGGUUUCGCCAUGAUCAUUGUUGCCUCUUACACUGCCAACCUUGCAGCUUUUCUAGUGUUGGAUCGACCAGAGGCUCUCAUCUCUGGCAUUGAUGAUCCCAGGCUUCGUAACCCAAACAAAAAGUUCAAGUAUGCUACCGUGAAGGGCAGUGCCACAGAGAUGUACUUCAAGCGUCAGGUAGAACUUUCCACAAUGUAUCGGAACAUGGACAAACAGAAGAAAUAUUACACUGCGGAAGAUGCUAUUGAGGACAUCAGGAUUGGAGAACUUCAGGCUUUCAUCUGGGAUUCGCCUCGUCUGGAAUAUGAAGCGGCCAGUGAUUGUGAUCUCACCACAGCUGGGGACUUGUUUGGCCGCUCAGGGCUGGGCAUUGGUCUGCCGAAGAACAGCCCCUGGACACACGAAGUCUCAAUGGCUGUGUUAGAUAUGCAUGAAAGUGGUUUCAUGGAGCAGCUGGACAAUCGAUGGAUUUUGGUCGACAGCAAAUCCUCAUGCCCAGAGAGCAACUCUGCCCCGGCUACUCUGGGCUUGACCAACAUGGCAGGGGUCUUCAUGAUGGUGGCUGGAGGCAUCGUGGCCGGCGUGUUGUUGAUAUUUAUAGAGAUAGCUUACAAACGGCAUCGAGGGUUAAAAGAAAAAGAACUGGAACUUGCCAGAAAUGCUGCUGAUCGUUGGAGGGGAAACAUUGAGAAGCGAAGAACCCUGAGACAGACUCUUCAGAAGCAACGAGAAGAGCAAAUGCGGACAAACUCCAUUUCCAAACAGCCGGCCUCCAACACUUCUCUCCCUAUGGCUCCCAAUGCAAACACAGCUGUCGCGUCCGCCCCCAGUCUUGACAGCAACAACACAAACACCAUCACUCCAUCGUACCGCAGGUUGUCUCUCUUGGAAGCCACCACCAAAAGCGAUUGUCUUCCUCCGCCACCUCCAAGUGAUUAUCGGCCUCCGGGAUAUGUUCCUGCAAGAUCGGGUCGGACAGUCACAUGGCAUAACCCUUCCCACAACCCUGACAAUGUAGUUUAGCAACACUGUGACAGUAAGAUAACUCACAACCCUUCCC